AUGUACACCUCUCUCUUUGGUCUCUCCCUGAAUACACUGUGGACCUUCAACCAUGAUAACAUCUCUGGGAGGAAAGUCAAUGCAGUCCAGCGUGGCUACAGAGUGCCACAGCCCAGUGUCCAGCGGGGCUACAGAGUGCCACAGCCCAGUGUCCAGCAGGGCUACAGAGUGCCACAGCCCAGUGUCCAGCAGGGCUACAGAGUGCCACAGCCCAGUGUCCAGCGGGGCUACAGAGUGCCACAGCCCAGUGUCCAGCAGGGCUACAGAGUGCCACAGCCCAGUGUCCAGCAGGGCUACAGAGUGCCACAGCCCAGUGUCCAGCGGGGCUACAGAGUGCCACAGCCCAGUGUCCAGCAGGGCUACAGAGUGCCACAGCCCAGUGUCCAGCGGGGCUACAGAGUGCCACAGCCCAGUGUCCAGCAGGGCUACAGAGUGCCACAGCCCAGUGUCCAGCGGGGCUACAGAGUGCCACAGCCCAGUGUCCAGCGGGGCUACAGAGUGCCACAGCCCAGUGUCCAGCGGGGCUACAGAGUGCCACAGCCCAGUGUCCAGCGGGGCUACAGAGUGCCACAGCCCAGUGUCCAGCGGGGCUACAGAGUGCCACAGCCCAGUGUCCAGCGGGGCUACAGAGUGCCACAGCCCAGUGUCCAGCAGGGCUACAGAGUGCCACAGCCCAGUGUCCAGCGGGGCUACAGAGUGCCACAGCCCAGUGUCCAGCGGGGCUACAGAGUGCCACAGCCCAGUGUCCAGCGGGGCUACAGAGUGCCACAGCCCAGUGUCCAGCGGGGCUACAGAGUGCCACAGCCCAGUGUCCAGCAGGGCUACAGAGUGCCACAGCCCAGUGUCCAGCAGGGCUACAGAGUGCCACAGCCCAGUGUCCAGCGGGGCUACAGAGUGCCACAGCCCAGUGUCCAGCAGGGCUACAGAGUGCCACAGCCCAGUGUCCAGCAGGGCUACAGAGUGCAACAGCCCAGUGUCCAGCAGGGCUACAGAGUGCCACAGCCCAGUGUCCAGCAGGGCUACAGAGUGCCACAGCCCAGUGUCCAGCGGGCCAGGAGGCAGUGCGUUACAUAG